UUGUAUACAGUGUUGAUAAUUGUCAAAAACUGCAGUACGAGAAGCAUUCGUUUUACACAGUAAAUAAGCUAAAUUUAUAGGAUAAAUUUUCGUUAUAACCAGAAAGUAGUGCUUUAAGCAUUGCUAUUUUAAUUUUGCUUAAUCCUCAAGAUAAUUUCCAUAGCCCAAAAUUCGAGUGUUUUACAAGACACAUCAUGAGCAAACGAAAGGCGGAACACACACAGCCAAUUUGUCGCUUUUGUUUGGAAACAUCAACGCUUGAAAUGGCAAAUAUCUUUUCAACUUCUCCAACCACAGAUAUACCUACGGCGGAAGAAAUCUGGAUAAUGCUGGGAAUAAAGGUUGAACCAGAGGACGGCCUACCGAAGGGAAUCUGUAUUACGUGUCUGACGAAAGUAAACUACGUCAAGCGAAUACGCAAACAGUUUCUGGAAGCCGACACAACCUUGCGCGAGUUGCAUCAAAACGGACUGCUAACCUACAACGUAGUGCUGAGUCCAGAGUGUACGGAUGAUGAACCAGCGAAGCAGUAUCACAGUACCCAGCAGGCAGCGGCAUCAGCUAGUGAUCUCAGCAAAUCGUACGAACAAUCUCACGAACCACAGACUACAUCCUAUCACUACCAGAACGAUCAACUGCUAACGGAAGAUCAAAUAAUAAUAGUGAAGCAUGAAGAAGUGGUCGAUGAUGAUACGACAACUGUCGUAAAGGUGGAAUCUGCAUACGACAUCGACAAUGCUAGCGAAGAACCAGACAAAGCUGGUUAUCCACUGUACACCGAAAGCUUUAUCGAGAAACCGUCGAUCGUUGGCGACCCCGUUGAGCGACCAUCGAAAUCAUUCAAUACGAAACGGAGACUGCGGAAACAUGGCACCUCUCAUCGGUUUAGAUUUGGUUCGAACGAUUGAUAAGUGUGUGCUGUAUGAUCUUUUGCUGAUUGCAUUUUUUUGAAUGAUAACGUGCAAUUAGAAAUAAAAAUUUAGCAAAA